AUGUCUAGAAGUAUUGAGCUUGCCAGCCAGACACACAGAGCGCAAGCAGCUGAGACACUUCUCUUUGACCACAGAAUGGAAAUGUAUGAUAACGACAAGUACUUCUACAGCGAUGACAAUGACACUGACAUGCUGUACAAUUACAGCUACAAUCAAACCAACCUUGGGGAGCACUCCAACUCCAGUCUUCCCCAUUCUCACAUCUACCUGCCACUACUUUAUUUCUUCAUGUUUUUCACAGGCUUCCUGGGAAACCUCUUUGUGAUCAUGGUCAUGGGCAGUAGGGGGAAGAGGGGUGGGCGUCUGGUGGAUACAUUUGUGGUUAACCUGGCGCUGGCGGACCUGGUGUUUGUCCUCACCCUCCCACUGUGGGCCGUCUCCUCCAGACAGGAGGGACAAUGGCCUUUUGGGAACCUCCUCUGCAAACUCAGCAGCUACAUCAUCUCCGUCAACCGCUUCUCCAACAUCUUCUUCCUGACCUGUAUGAGCGUGGACCGUUACCUGGCCGUGGUGCGCCUCAUGGACUCCCGCUUCCUCCGCAGCAGCCAGUGUGUGCGUUUCACCUGCAUCAUGAUCUGGCUGCUAUCCCUGGCUCUGGGUACCCCCUCCCUGGUGUACCGUAGCGUACGUACCCCCAACGGUGAGCCCUUCUGCCUGGAGGACAAAGAGUCGUCCUUCUUCCUGGGUCUGAGCCUGACCACGAUUUUCCUGACCUUCGCCCUGCCAGUGUUCAUCAUCCUCCUGUGCUACAGCUCCCUCCUGGCCCGCCUGCGCCGACACUGUGUUGCCGCCGGCAACCCCCGUGCGGAAGCCCGCCGCCGCCACUCUCUCAAAAUGGUCUUCACCAUCAUUGUGGCCUUCAUGGUGUCUUGGCUUCCCUUCAACAUCUUCAAGACCCUCCUAAUUGGUUUCAGGCUGUCUGGGACCGAUCUGAGCAAUGAGACCCAGUCUGUCCUGAGUCAGGGCCUCACUCUCUCCUGCUGCUUGGCCUUCCUCAACAGCUGCGUGAACCCGGCCAUCUACCUGCUCCUGGACCACCACUUCAGACGGCAGGCGGAAAGACUGUUCCUGAGCUGCGUGCGGAAGCGUGGGCUGCACCAGGGCUAUGCCUCGUCCACAGACUUCUCCUACAACGGCACCUCAGAGAGCUGUGGCACAACAGCCUCCAGAACUCGUUUACAGUCGUUUGACCAGAAAGUCUGAUAGCAGGGUUCUGCACAUUUUAUAGCAUUUUUGUAGUCUAAAGGUUGAGGUGAAUAAUUUUGUAUUAUGAUUUUAGGUGUUACUGUAUGUAAUUCAAAAUCUCAGUGAAAGCAUGCACUAUAAUAUAUUUUAUGUAUAAAAGUUAUUUCAUUAUCAUUAAUAGUUUGAAUUGAUGUUUGCAUUUAUAUUACUUGUUUAUUUUUGCUUUAUUUUUUUAACCGAACAACCAUAUUUUGAAUAUGAUUAAUUCACCAUUAGACUGUUUAUUAUGAUUGUUAACAUUCGUAAAUUCAUAGUAAUAUUAAAUAGCAAUUUGAUAACAGUAACAUUCAUUUGUUAGUGGUUCCUUUCUGCUGUAUGAAAACUAUUACAAUAUCAUGUUCAUAUCAUUAGUAAGAUGACAUAUUAAGCAUUAUAAAUACAGAAAAUGCACUUUUUGAAUAAAUUGGGUGUUUAUAUGAUUGCUCUAAUAACUACUUUUUCCCAAACUAUGUCAUAGUUUACUAAGACUUUUUGCAGUUUAACAAUGGGCAUUCAGCUGAAAACAUUCCAAAUGAGGUUAAUAUCAACUGUAUUGCUUUGUUUAGA